AUGGAUCAGGCAAUUGGAAUCAGAUCUGUCGAGAAUGGGAGUAAAGUGACAAAAUUCUCAUUUGUAGGUGCAAGUGCAAGAUCCAGAGCAGGUUGUCUAUCCUGCCGAAAGAAAAAGAAGAAAUGUGAUGAAGUAAAGCCUAACUGUGGGUUGUGUGUAUUACGCAAGUCUCUGUGUAUUUGGCCAGAAAGGGCCACCUCUAAAAAGGAUAAAAUGACCGAUCAUAUAAGACAAGAUAAUGUACUGUCCAAUAGUUUCGAGAUUAAAUCGGAUCAACGCAGUAAGGAUUCAAUAUCGAUUGAGACCUUAACUGGAAGUACUCUAAUCAUAGAAGAUGAUACGGAAUCUAGCUAUACACUAGGGCCAGUAAUACCCGUGACCUCAAAUAUAAAUCCUUUAUCAGAACCAGUUCUUGCAACAACUACAAAUGCCGCUGCAGCUACCACCACUGCUACCACUUCUGAUCGGAAAUCAUCAACCAGCUCAACUGGAAAUAUUCCAAGAAUACAGGAGUUUCAUUCAGGAAAUCAUUCGAAAAGAUCUUCGAUAAAUAAACUGGCGCCAGUACCUGUCAUGGAUACUACGCCGGAUCGCAGAUCUUCUACUGCUUCGCUUGACAUAAAAUGGAGAGAUAAUGAUGAAAUUCAAUGGAAUAUACCCAAUAAAGAGAAAGUGUUGCCCCUUUUAGACGAUCGUAAGAAGGUUGUAUUUGGAAAGUAUUUGAUAAUUGCUCAAACAAUGUCUAUUGUGGGCAACUCAAACAAUUUCUUUUUAGGGCUACUUGUGGAUAUGGCAUCAAAAAAUCGAUGUGUUCUCAAUGCAAUCCUCACAUGGGGUGGCAUGUCCAUUGGUGGGAGUAUGGAAGGGGUGUAUCGAAGGAUUAAUUUAAGAGAAACUUUAGAAUUGAUCAAAACUGAUCUCAAAGUUAAACCAACGAGAAGUGAGUAUAUUUACUAUCUUGCAAGUUAUCUCAUCUUAGUAGAUGCGGAAGUCUGUACGGGAGAUGUCAAGAACUGGAAAAUAUAUUUUGAUAUGGCUCUUGCGGUGAUGAAAGAUAUGGGCCUUUACCAAGAUCUAAUAAGCUCAGUCCCUACAAAUAUUCUGCUAGAAGAAAAAUGUUUAGCGAUAAAGUUCAUUCAUUAUGACAUUCUAUCGUCCAUGGCCAAUGAAAGGAAAACUAUAUUCCCUUCGAGCCUCCUUAUGAAUCAAUUCCAAGGUGUAGAUACCCUUCAAGGAUGUCUCAAGCCAAUCCUUUCGCUCUUAGCAGAAGCGAUUAAUCUAGGAGUCGAAGCUAGACAAAAAUAUAAACUAUUGGAGGAUCCAGGAAAAAUCAAUAAUUGGAAAACAACUUCUGAAAUGAAUAGAAUAGUGGCAUUGGCCGGAGAAUUGGAUGCUAAAAUGACAGUAUCUAAACCAAGACCAGAAGAUUUGGAUUUGAUUCCCAAGAAAUAUUUAGAAACUCAUUUAUCAUUGUAUGAAUUAUUCCAAUUUGCCUCACAAAUAUAUUUACGCGUGGCGGUAAGAAGAUACCCCCCUACAAUCCCUGAAGUACAAAUAUUACUUUACAAGAUCAUAAACUUGUUGAAGUUUCUUAUAAGGUCUAAAAUUAAAAGUUCUAUCAAAUAUCCAUUUUUAAUCGCUGGUGUAUGCUGCGUAUUUGAAUGUGACAGAGUGAAGUUAAUGGGUCUACUAGAGGAAUAUCAAGAACAACUUCCAAGCCAUCAUAGUAUCCCACGCAUUAAAAGUUUAAUAGAGGAACUGUGGAAAGUGAACCCGGAAGGAUUGUUGUGUUUGGACUGGUACGACAUAUCGUCUAGUUUCGGUUGGUCAUUGUGCCUAUUCUAA